AUGCCAUAUUACCCCAGUAACUCAGGCUCGCAAUCAAGCGCACCAUCUCCUUUCGGCGAUGAUAGCGAUGGACUCACUCAUGACCAAGUCACUGGGCCUGGACAAAAAUCUACGUACUCUUAUGAUAAUCUCAAUCGAACGACAAUCCACAGACCUUCCUUCCAAUCCACUCACAUGACCAAUACAAAUUCUGGUAUGACUAAAUUUGUUCGACCUGAAACUAGUUCGGUUCAACAAACAUUUUACAAGGCCUUCUCACCUCCAAUGACAGGUGACCACUCAUCGAAUCUCCCUUAUAACUCGAGAUUCAUGGGUUCCAGAAGAACUGAGGUCAACAAAUCUGAGUUAUUCAUUCCGCAUGUCGACGGUUUUCAACUUGGUGAACCUGACCCUUUUUGGAACAAGACUUCUCAUGCCCUAUUGAAAUUGACUCCGAAAUCAAGUGAGAACCUAAUCCUUUCCCAAUCCCACCGGGGUGAGAACUUGUCCGAACCGCCCAAUCGUACACAUAAUAGGUAUGAUUUUGCUCAAAAUCCCUAUCCCAGUACCGCUGCGUCUCAGCCUCUUUCUUCCACUUUCCCACAUCAAGCGAGCAAUACUUCAUAUCAAUCAAGCAAAGUCGCGCCUCCAUCUCAGCCUGAUUCUUCCACUUUUCAUCCUAUAUUGAGCAAUAUUUGUUAUCAAUCAAGUAGUCUUCCUCCUAGACUGAGAGAUCUACGUACUUCCACUGGAAAAUUACCUACAGGGUUUCUUUUCACCAAUUCUCGCACUGGAGGUAAACUGUUUAGGGGCGGCGCGAAUGUAGCUUCUAUCGACGCCAAACUGAACCCGGACUGGACAUUCGACUCCCAAAGAGAAGCCAAGGAAGCUUCGAAGCGAAUCAAGACUUUUGAACAUGUCUAUGGAUAUCGAUUUAAUGAAAACGUGUAUUCACAUUCUGAAGGUGGUGAAGGAUCAGUCUCAAAUGAUGAAAGAGCUUUUAAAGAAACCGCGAGUGAUAUUUACGAUAAGAACAUGUAUAGGGAUUAUGAUAAUUAUGAUGACAUAGUCCCUGUACAUUGUACAGAAUAUUCGCAAUUCAAGGAAUAUCAGAUAUCAACUAUGCCAGCUAGUAAAUCUUGGUUUGAUUUGAAUGACCGAAAAGCAAAGAAAGCAGCCGAGUCAAUCACGGGUCCAUACAGAAGUAAAUCCGAGAUAAUGCAAGAUGCGACUGAGAUUAAACGAGCCGAAGCUAGAUAUUGGAGUCGACAGUGA